UAUUUAGUGCAGUUUUUGAUUUAGAUACCCCAUAAUAGAAGUUACUGUGAUUGUAGAUUACUUUAAAUAAAUUAAUUAAUUAUAAAAAAAAAAAGAAUUUUAGGAUGUAUGAGGGGAGGGGCAUUAAUGUCAUUUUCCAAAAUUAGAGUACAACUGACAACCAAUUAGUGGGAGCUUUACUUCAUCUUCAUCUUCAUCUUUGUGAGCACCGGGUAAAAGAAAAGCUAAACACUCUCUCUCUCUACUCUCUCUUUCUCUCUCAUGGCUUCAACACAAGCAGAAGAACCUUCUCAAACCCCCCUUCAAUACCAGACAUGGGUUCUCAAAGUUUCCAUACACUGCCAAGGCUGCAAAAGGAAAGUCAAGAAAGUACUACAAACUAUUGAAGGUGUUUACACGAUAAAUAUUGAAUCCCAGCAGCAGAAAGUGACUGUCACCGGCAACGUUGAUGCACAAACCCUGAUCAAGAAGCUCGUCAAAACCGGCAAGCAUGCAGACUUAUGGCCGCCGGAGAAGCCCCCCGCCGCCGGAAAGGACAAGAAGCCCGGAAAACAGAACACCGGCGAUAAAGAAAACGAUCCCACCAAGAGCAGCGGCGACGACAACACCGAGGAGGAGGAAGACGAGGAGAAUAUUCCGGCGGCGGCCGAGAGCAACAAUAUUCUUCAAGUGAAAGUUGAUGGUGGUGUUGGCCAAACUGUCAGGUUCGCCGGAGUCGAACCUGCUGCGCCGGAGAACAAACCGCCGGCAAAUGAGAAAUCUCCGGCCGCCGUGGAGCAGAAAGGCAGCCCCAACGGUGGCGGUGCUGCUGGAGGAGGGCAUGGUGGUAAAAAGAAGAAAAAGAAAAAGAAGAAUAGUGCGGGCGCAGGGACUAACGGUGCACCGGCAAGCACAGGAUUGGAGGCUCCGAAGGUGGUGGGUUUCAGUCAAACCCCUGGCGUUGACCAGAUGAAUCUCAGCCCUACGCAGAAUGUGUACCAUUACCCACCAAGUUACGCGCCGCCUCAUCAUCAUCAUCAACAAGCAUACGUGGUGAGCUACAAUGCGGUGCACCCCACCGUAACAGGUGCGCCUGGCUAUUACAUGCCUCCAUCGCCUUACACGUAUGCACACCAAGAUAAUGAUAAUUAUCAGGCCCAAUCUGCACCGUUGGAUUCGUUCGAGAUUUUGAGUGAUGAAAACCCUAAUGGUUGCCACGUCAUGUAGAGUUAGUGGGGGUAGAAGAAAAAUGUGGGGCAUUAUGGUAAUUUUGUACAUAUGGGGGAUUUUUUUUUGUGUUUGUGCUACUUGGAAUGUUUUCCAUGUUUUUUGAAUUAACUUCUAAAAAGUUGCAUUAAUGGUUUUUAAGCU